CGUAAAAUAUCGAAGUGUUUAUGGGGUACUUUAUAAACAUAUGGCCCCAAUUUGCUAAAAUAAAUACAAAUUACGUGAUAAAUAGCUGUUUCCCCACAAUAAAUAGUUGCGCCUCAAUUAGCUAGCGGUUUUGCGCAUGCGCGCUACCGUUUACCGUUUCCUCUUCCUGUGUCUUGUGCUAAAGUCCAGCUGGAAUACAUUUUUCUACGAGCUGUUUUGAAUUAAAGAGAGGAUUUCGGGUGUCUUUUAUGAGUAACCAAAAGCAGCAGAAGCCAACGCUAACAGGCCAGCGUUUCAAAACUCGAAAAAGAGAUGAAAAGGAGAGGUUUGACCCUUCCCAAUUCCAGGAAAGUAUUGUACAAGGCCUGAACCAAACUGGCACUGAUCUGGAAGCUGUCGCUAAGUUCCUUGACACUUCUGGUGCCAAGCUUGACUACCGACGAUAUGCCGAGACUCUGUUUGACAUCCUGGUUGCUGGUGGGAUGCUGGCCCCAGGAGGAACUCUGUCAGAAGACAUGACCUGCACAGAAUUCUGUGUCUUCAAAGCACAAGAAGACAUGGAGACCAUGCAGGCCUAUGCACAGGUCUUCAACAAGCUCAUCAGGCGUUACAAAUACUUGGAAAAGGGGUUUGAGGAGGAGAUCAAAAAGCUGCUGCUGUUCCUUAAGGGCUUCACAGAGUCUGACCGUAACAAACUGGCCAUGCUAACUGGAAUCCUGCUGGCCAAUGGGAAUCUCUCUGCAUCCAUUCUCAGCAGCCUCUUCAACGAGAACCUGGUCAAAGAAGGUGUUUCUGCAUGCUUUGCCAUAAAACUCUUCAAAUCCUGGCUUUCCGAGAAGGACAUAAACUCAGUCGCCGGCAGCCUUCGAAAGGUUGGCAUGGACAACCGACUCAUGGAACUGUUUCCUGUCAACAAGCGCAGCAGUGAGCACUUCUCCAAAUAUUUCAAUGAAGCCGGGCUAAAGGAGCUUUCAGACUUUGCCAAAAACCAGGAGUCCAUCGGUGCUCGCAAGGAGCUGCAGAAGGAGAUUGAGGAUCAGAUGGCGCGUGGGGACCCCCUCAAAGAUAUUAUUACUUACAUCCGAGAGGAAAUCAAGAAAAACAACAUCUCCGAGCAGACGAUGAUCGGACUGAUUUGGUCCAGUGUGAUGAGCUCAGUGGAGUGGAACAAGAAGGAAGAGCUAGUCACCGAGCAAGCCAUCAAACACUUAAAGCAAUACAGCCCUCUGCUGAAGGCGUUUACCUCCCAGGGCCUCUCAGAACUCACUCUUCUGCUCAAGAUCCAGGAAUACUGCUAUGACAACAUCCACUUCAUGAAGGCCUUCCAGAAAAUUGUUGUUCUGUUCUACAAAGCGGACGUCUUAAGUGAGGAGGCAAUUCUGAAGUGGUACAACGAAGCUCGCUUGUCCAAGGGGAAAAGCGUUUUCCUUGAACAGAUGAAGACCUUUGUGGAAUGGCUGAAGAACGCGGAGGAAGAGUCCGAGUCCGAGGAUGAGGAGGCAGACUGAAGAUUUCUGAUGACAACAACCUUAAUAAAUACCUUUCUUUUACUGACUGUAACACAAAUGUUACAGAAACCCGUCUGUGGUCUUUUCCUGGUCUGUUCUCUACCUCUGCAUAUUUUCCAUUCUCAUGGGAAGACUUUAAUGCGCAAGUUGAUACUUGUACUGCUCCUUUACCCUCCCGCUUUUCUAAUGGGGUCCAUGCUUUUUCAGUAUUUUAGGAGUGGGCACCACCCCACCCCUCCCACGUGGACCCCAAGGGAUAAACCACCAACCCUGCUCAACCAUCUUCUGUCAUGGAGGGGUUACUCGAAAGGACAGCGGAGAGCCAUUCUCAGUGCCAGAUUCAGUCUUUUAUUUAUUUAUUUUUUUCAAUCGUUCCUUCAAAAUUGGUCGACAGAUUUCACAGCUGCCAUAUUUAGUCUCUGAUCUCUUAUUCACCAGAGGUCCAUCUGUGUAGCUGUGAUAUUCUGGUCGUCUGAAAGACAAACCAUGUUUUUGACCUCGUUUUACUUUUCUGCCAGUUAGACGACAGCGCCAGACUUACUGCCAGUUUGAUCCGAUUCUGGGAAACGUAUUUUAUUAUUAUUUUUUUUAAUCGACGUUAAUGGUGGUAAUUUUGACUCCAGAAAAUGAGAAUUAUCUGUAAACCUCAUGUAAUUGAACCAUACAAGGUUCUCUUUGCUCAUACAUAUAAAAAUGAAUAAAAAGUGAUUCAUUUUAUUGA